AUGGGCUGCCGUUGCGCACCCGCGUGCGAAGGAAACGGCAACGGCGUGCUCGCGGGCGCCCCCGGCGCCGCCGACGACGCGCCGCACGUUCGCCACUUGGUCGAAGAUGUCCUGAAGCUGGACUUCCGCUCCUGUCCUGAAGUGAUCCAGGGCGCGAAGGUGGUCGUCCGCGCGGACCUGAACGUCCCUCUCAGCAGGGAUGGAACCGUGCUCGACGAAUUGAGAGUCAUCGAGUGCCUUCCAACGAUCAGGGCGCUGGUCGAGAUGGGCGCGGCGGUCGUCGUGCUCUCGCACAUGGGCCGCCCCAAGCCUUCGAAGAUGACGCCAGACGAGCUUCAGAGACUGUCUCUCGCAAAAGUCGCGCCUAUCUUCGAGCGCGAGCUGGGCGCAGACACCUUCCUCGGCUUCCGCGGCGACUGCUUGGGCCAGGAGGCGCGCGACGCCGCGGCCGCGGCCAAGCCGGGCCAGGUCGUGCUACUCGAAAACACACGGUUCCACGCGGGCGACGAGCAGGGCAGCGAGGAGAUGGCGCGGCAGCUGGCCAAACUCGGAAACGUGUUUGUCCUCGAUGCCUUUGGCACCUGUCACCGGGACCACGCGAGCGUGUCAGGUCUGUCGCGGUGCAUGGGGCCCGGCCGUCGGUUCCCGGGCCUGCUCGUCCGGCGCGAGUGCGAGUUCCUCGUCCGCACGCUCGGCGGCGGCGGGAGCGUCUGCUGCGUCGUCGGCGGAGCCAAGGUCGCCGACAAGCUGCAAGUCUUGUUUUCCCUAGUGGAUCUCGCAUCCAUCAUGAUAGUCGGCGGCCGCAUGGCCUUCACCUUCCUCGCCGCCCAGGGCGUCGCCGUCGGCGACACGGUCAUCGAGCCGGACCUCAUCGACGACGCCAAGCACAUCCUAGCCCGCGCCAAGGAGCGCAACAUCCCCUUCCUACUGCCCGAGGACGUCGUGGCGGGCACGUCGCUGGACGGCGGGGAAACCAAGGUGCUGACGUUGACGGCCGGGUGCUGCACGCGGGACGCGCCGUGCAUGCGCAGCGGGGAGGUUGGAGGGGACAUUGGCCCUGCGACGGUGGCGCGCUUCACGGAGGCGAUCCGGGACUGCGGGUGCUCGACGCUGUUCUGGAAUGGGCCGCUCGGGAGGUACGAGGCGGAGGAGUACAGCCGGGGUACGGCGGCGGUGGCGCGCGCGGUGGCGGAGGCGACCAAGGCGGGGGUCACGACGGUGGUGGGGGGGGGUGACAGCGCGGCGUGCUUGCUGAAGCUGGGGCUGGCGGGGAGCGUGUCGCACCUGUCGACGGGGGGCGGCGCGACGCUCGAGAUGAUCCAGGGCGAGAGCAUGCCGGGGCUGCGCGCGCUCGCGGGGUGGCCGAUUCCGUAA